GGAAUUUACCUCUUCGUUUAAGUCCACAUCAAAAACUGUGCCUAUUGGAUAUGAUACCAGUUGGAUCUUCACACUUAGACCAUACUAUGGUUAAACUCAAUCUCAAGCUUUCAUUUUCAGUUCCCUUGAAACACCGUUUGUGCCUGGUGGUCAAAAUUGUGGAAACAUUUGGUUGUACCGAUGCCAAUUUUGUGUGGUCUUCGAAUCAGUGAAGGGUGACCUUUGACCUCGUGGCUCACGACGUCGCGCGCAUUACCCAGAAUUCUCGCGCUAACACACACAGAGCCACAGGCUGGGAAACAAGAUGGCUCAACCACGGUCUUCGGUGUCGCGGAGGGGCUCGAAAAAUGAUGCAGAUAAAGACGACGAAGACACAGAAAACAAUGGCUACGUGCAGAUCUUCGUGAAACCACUGGAACAGGGCAGCUGCAAUUUAAUUCUAAACUGGCUCGGCGUUGGAAGCGUGAAUUUCACUUCGCAGCAGGUCGGAGCAUUGUACGGUCUAGGGGCUGUUGUAAGUUGUGUGUGUGUUUAUCAGCUUCUGAGGUGGGAUUUGGCGUUACUGUUUCAGAAGAUCUGCAGUCUUGUCGUCCCCACGUUCAGCAUUGUCUGUGCUUUUUAUUGGCUGUCUUUAUAUUUUCGAAAAACGUGGAGCACCACAAGUAUUUAUUUGUUAUUCUCCUCUUGCUAUGUAGGGGAGACGGUCUCUCGGCUGUUUGUGAGCCCGCCAGCUGUCAGCGAGCUCUCGGCCAGCCUAAACUCCGAGCCGGUCGACCGUACGUUCGACCCCUCCACAAACUAUGUUCUCCAACCCAUAGUUUUAUUCAUCCUUCUCUUCGUGGUCAGCAUUGCCAGUUUAUUUUCAUCUUUGGAAACUGCUCACAGCGCUAUUGUGAUACUUUUGGUGAGUGUCAGUAGAUUUUUAGCUUGCACCACAUUGACAGUUUUACCACAGGGUCUACGACCGUACGUUGCCUACUCGUGUGGCUUCCUCGGAAUUUUAGUUUUCAAAUACAUGGAAACCGUUCUCAGGCCUCCCAUAAACAACUUUAUGACUCAGGAUGGAAAAAUCCCUGUCAUCAAGAGACGAAGAUCUAGUUCGUCAAGUGCUCAUGGAUUUUCCCACAGAUCUGCUAGAAGGACGUCUCUGCCUGCUCUCAUACAGAAGUCUCAGCUGUGCAUCUACUGUGAUGAUGUGUGUACUUACAGCUGUGCAUCAACUCUAAUGAUGAUAUGUGUACAUACAGCUGUGCAUCUACUGUGAUGAUGAUAUGUGUACAUACAACUGUGCAUCUACUGUGAUGAUGAAAUGUGUACAUACAACUGUGCAUCUACUGUGAUGGUGAAAUGUGUCCAUACAAGUGUGUGUCUACUGUGAUGAUGUGUGUUCAUACAACUGUGCAUCUACUGUGAUGAUGUGUGUUCAUACAACUGUGCAUCUGCUGUGAUGAUGAAGUGUGUACGUAGA